AUGGCAAGUAAACGCAACAAAAUUUUGAUUGAAAGGGCUAUUAAUGGGCAAGUCCCCGCUUCUUUUGCAAAGCAACAAUUGUUUAACACCCAAAAAAAUAAAAACGACCCCGAGGAAAAAAAUAAUCCACAUCGACCUUUGUUUACUCUCGACGAUGGUAAAAAGUGUGACGAAGACAUUGCACCGGUAGAUAACAUUAAUCUUGAAAGCUCUGUAGACGUAUUUGAGAAGGAAAAUCUGAUUGAUAUUUCUCUGUCUUCCGUUGUUCAACGUAAAUUCCACGAAAGCUGUGAUGAGAAAGACACCUUUGAAGCUGAAAAUAUUUCUGAGGAAAACGACCCGUUCGCUGGAACUGACAGUGAAAAUGAAUUUGUACCGAAUAGAAAGAAAAAACGAUCACGUCUUUUAUCCAAUUCCUCAACAUCAAGUUCUUCGUCUGAUUCUUCAUCUGGUUCUUCGUCCAGUUCAUCGUCCAGUUCAUCUUCCAGUUCAUCUUCUAGAUCAUCUUCUAACUCUACGAACUCGUAUUCAUCGAUUUCUACUAAAAAAGGCAAAAAAAGAGUACGAAAUGUUGCCAACUGGAAAAAGAAUAAAUCAAAACUAUUGAAAAAUUCUGGAAAAGAGUUUGUAUCUCAAACUGGGAAACUAAUAAAAGCUAAAGAAAUGAAGCCUCCAUGCACAAGUAAAUGCCGAUUAUCUUGCUCAACGAAAUUAACGACAGAGAGUAGGCAAAAAUUGUUUGACAAUUUCUGGAGUCUUCAUUCAUUUCAGAGGCAACGGGAUUAUUUGUCAACGUGUGUGGCAGUACUCAAUGUUUCUGUGCGUCGCUUGAAAGUAAAUGCUACAAAAGAAAGACGACCAAAUUGUUGUUUUACAUUUUCAGUAGAAGGAAAACCUAUUAGAGUAUGCAAAACCUUCUUGUUAAACACUUUGGCUAUAGGCGAAAGGAUGUUACGUACAGUUAUUCAAGCAAAAUGCAGUGGUACUGGUAUAGUUCCAAUCGAUCGUCGUGGGAAGCAUUCAAAAACUAAUUUGGACCCAGAAAUCGCGCAAUCCGCUGUGAUGCCUGUACCAAUUGGAGAAAGCUCAGCCUUUUUCUACAAGUCCAAGUUAAACUGCUAUAAUUUCACGGUGACUGAUAUCAAAAACAAGACUACAAGAUGCUAUUUUUGGCACGAAUGUUUAGGAAAUCGAGGAGCAAUAGAAAUUGGAACCUGUGUUUUAGAAUUUUUUAAAAAUAUAGCUGAAUCUCAUCCCAACUGUGAUGUAGUAUUUUACUCGGACAAUUGUUGCGGUCAGCAGAAAAACAGAUUCAUGCUUGGGAUGUAUUACUAUGCUGUUUCGACACUAAAUAUUAACUCGUUAUUACAAUCAAUGAUAGCAGAUGGCAUCGCUACGGGAGUCGUUAGACCACUUACUUACACCAUGUUCUCAUCUUCCGAAGUAUCCAGGGCCUUCAAGUUUUUAUCUUCUAGAAGUCAUAGAGGAAGGGUUCUGUUUGAUUUAAGAAAUCCGCUAAAUUCCAAUGUGAUGCCAAGGCUUGUAUUGAAUCCUCAAUUUGCAUAUGUCGUAGUGGGAGAUCAAGAUGAAUUAUGUGUUAGUAUAAUGGAUUUAUUAAUAAAACGUGGCGCGAAGAAAAUUUUCUUACAAAUAAGAUCAAAAGCGGUUUCUCCGUUCAUAGAGGCUAAGAUAUUACUAUGGAUGACUCAAGGUAUUGAGGUAAAAGUAAGCCGUUAUGGAAUUGAGGACGAAGAAAAAUGUAGACUUUUUAUAAGUGACGCUGCAAAAUUAGGACCAAUUGAAGGCAUAUUUAUUGCUCUGUACAAGAUAGCUGCUCCAGCAUAUAUAAAUGUGCCAAGAUCAAUAUCUAAUUUGGAUAAAUUAUCAAGAAACAUGGAUUACCUUAGAUACUUUGUAAUACUAGCAAGUAAUGUUAACAGUUCGGAAGAUGAACUUGUGUUCUCAAUGUGCAGUAAAAUAUGUCACUAUCGUAAUAACAUUGGUUUGAAUGCUCUUCUAUGUCGAGCGGAAUUCGUAGAUGAGUUCGAAGGUCUUGGCAAAAACCAAACAACGUAUCAAUCGAUACACCAAGUUUUAAAUAGCAUGGAAAAUAGUAUAAAACAAAAUUGUAGCAAUGUGAUAUCAUAUAAUACAAACAAAAAUGCUAAGAUGGAAUAUUCAAGAAAAUUAAAUGAUAUUUUAGGCAAACAAACAAACGGAACUAAAUUAGAUAUAAAUGCAUCAUUACACGAUAUUGCAAUAGAAAAGCUCGCAAUAAAAGAAAUAAGAGGUUUAAUUUUAGAACACUAUCAAGUUGCAGUAUCUGAGAGGAAACUUAUCCAAAUGUCUUUAUCCAGUAUCCAGAAUGUUGAAUACUAUUUAGACGACUUAAAUAACAAUAUCGGGCUUGAUGCUAUAAUCUCGUACGUAAAUGACGAUUCCUAUGAAGCAUGUGAUUCAUUCAAACAAAUGUUAACGUUGACGAAAAAUAUUUCAGAGAAUCUCUUUGACAUGGAUUAUGUUGACCCUGCUGCUGAAUAUUUGAUUUUAAUUCCUGGUUUUCAAGGCGAUUGUGGCAUGUUUGAACCUUUAUGCUCCACUCUCAAAAUUAAAGGAAUAACUGUCCAACUUGGACCAGAUUUGGCAGCAAAUACUAUAUCAGAAAUGGCAGAAAGUAUAUUGAAGAAUGCAGUAAUAAAACUAGAAGAAAAGAAUAAAUUUUAUCUCUUGGGAUACUCGUUUGGUGUUAAUAUUGCUUUGGAAGUUGCAGCAUUAUUAGAAAAGAAAGGCAUCGUUGGUACAGUUUUUUGCCUAGACAGUAGUCCAGAUGCUUUGCGUGUACAACUAAAUACGUAUACCAGCUAUUUGGCAGACGAAGAAUUACAAAACGUACUAAUUGAUCAUAUUUAUUACUUAAUAACUAAAGAAAUAAACAACAAAUUUAAAGAAGAAAUAAAAACAUUUAACACGUUUGAAGAAAAAGUUAAGGUUUUUGUCAAAGAAACAAAAGAACGUGUGCCGUAUCCUCAAGAAUAUAUCAGACUAAGUGUAGAAUCAUUAUAUAACAGAAUUUUACUGGCAAUGAAAUAUAACCCUACAUUUACGCUUGAAUCUGAAAUAGUUCUGCUAAAAGCGAACAAUGAUUCAAAUGCUGAAAUUUUACCAUAUGAUUAUAAUUUGGCCAAUUAUACCAAGAAAACAGUAAAAGUAGUAAAUAUUGAAUCGAAUCAUACUACAUUGCCAUUUAAUGUUAAUGUGCCGAAUAUAAUAAAUAAAAUGCUUGACAAGGACCUGCUAACAAAAUAUAAAAGCACUAAUCUUUGCAAAACUUACUUGAAUAAAAAGAAG